AUGCCCUGUUGUCGAACCGAUGCAUCUCGAGCAAGAAAUCCUGCCUACAACGAAGGCAAGCGUCCUGCCCCCUCUUCGGAGGACGAGGCCCUGGCCCCCAAGAGGGCCAAGGACAACAACAAGGAGGAAGAAGAGAAGAAGGAUAAGGGGGAGGAGAAGGAGGAGGAGGAGGAGGGGAGGAGGAGGAGGAGGAGGAGGAGGAGGAGGAGGAGGAGGGAGGAGGAGGAGGAGGAGGAGGAGGAAACCUCCAACCAGCCCCCCAAGGGGGAUAAGGCCCUCUUGAAGAAGGAGAAGAAGGCCAAGCAACAGAAGGAGUCAUGGGCCCGCAAGCGGGCAGAGGCGAGAGCUGCGAAGGAGGCCCCGGAGGCCUCGACCUUCGUUUAA